AUGCGUAUCCAAACGGGAGAAGAUGAACCAAUGACUAGGUCCGCGUCACCGGCAGCAUCUCCAGGAGCAUCCCCAGCGCCUUCAGAUGAUAGAGCUUCGUCGGCCCACAGAGACGUGGAUUGCUUGCUGACCCUAGACUUUGACGAGAUUCUGCGUCUGCUCGACGUCUACUCAGAGGAUGUCGAAUCGGUCUACCCCUUCACCAACAUGAAAGAUAUCUCAGCACGCUUGACUCACAUCCUGUACUAUGCCAGGCACCUACAGAGUCCCCCUGAAGACUUGAAUGUGCCAGAGGGGGAGCGAGUACGCGUCGAGUUGAAGGAUGUUCAGAUUGCCAAAGUCGCGAUCGCGAUCUCGAUCGUGAUGGAGGCGCAGGGGCAGAACGCCAUCAGCACGAAGCUGGUCAACUCGGUUGAGCCUGUCGUGUGUCGAGUCUCGGGCGAGGCGUUUAUAGACCUGAAGGAGUUGCAGAUCAUAACGAUGCUUAGCCUUUACUGGUUUCAUUGCGGCGAGGAGCUGUUGGCCUGGAGAUCCAUCGGGAUAUCUGGGAGGGAGUGCCUAGAGAUUGGCCUUCAUCGGCGUGCCAUCCUCCUGGACAAUUUCAAAGACCCCAAAGAAAGAGACUUGGCUAUUCGAUGUUUCUGGUGUGUUUACGUCUUGGAUCGUCGAUGGAGUUUUGGGACAAGUCUAUCUUUUGGUCUCAUUGACAAAGACAUAGACCCUGAAUUACCGGAGCCGGGAGAAAACUACCCCUAUCUAAGGUGCAUGGUAUCGUAUGGCAGGCUUUGUACCAAAGUUUGGGAAGCAUUGCCGCCUUUUGAAUCGCCGUCCCAGUUCAUACCCAAAGACACCGUCGCGUUCUUGGAUUUCAUGACGCAAAACUGGCUCAACUCAAUCCCGGAAGACCUCCAACUCCGACACCCGAGAUUAGGGUUGGCACCGAGGACACAGCAGCGGAGUAUGCAUCGGCUUCGGUCUCUACUUUACUUACGCGGCAACCACAUGCGCACACUCAUCCACCGCCAUCAUGUGCUGAGCACAGCAAGCAUAAGGGCGGAUAUGCAGAGUGCAAAGCUUGUCACCGAGAUCGCCCUUGACACGAUUCAAGUGCUUGUCCAUCUAAACGACACCAGCGAUAUCUAUGCACGGCAGCAACACGCCUUCAACUAUUUCUUAAUGAGUGCACUUGCAGUGAUUCUCCUGGCCGUAUGUCAUGCCCCAGGAGUCUUCACCGAACCGUGCAAGGAAAGCUUCCUCAAGGCUGUGCAACUGAUCAAAGGCUUUUCGCGCCACGGCCAUGCAAGCCGGAGGCUAUGGAAAACCAUCCGGGGCUUGCUCCCCGGCGUCAAGUCGCUGGGACUCCGAAGUGAUCCCGACAAGGUCGAUGCACCACAAGCGGCCGAGGAGGCGGGCCAGAACCCGGGCGAGAUGAAUGACCCGGCCCACAUGGCUCAUCCGAGCGAGCGAGAUGAAAGGAGAGUGGAGUAUGCAUGGGGCGCCUUCGAUACCAGUCCACAGGCGAGCAACUCGAUUCCGGACAUGUUCAACAUGGGAAACGACCUGAUGAACCUUUUUGACGCUUUCGGUCACGCGAACGGCGGUCACCCUGCGCCGCCAGAUUUUCCGGUGGGGUUCUUCGGGGUGAACGAGCAGGGCAUGUCGCUUGGAGAUCCCGAGGAAAUUUCGCGGCGUUUUCAGGGGCUGAUCUAG